UCUGUUCGUCCACGGAAGAAGAUGGAACAAGAAUCAGAUUUGAUUCAAACUGUUCAAAUAAGUUCUGCUGAUGCUGCAGUUGUACUGAACGGUAGUAUAUUUCCACUGAAUUCCUUAACCCUAGACACAGAUAAACCUGAAGAUCUGGCAGUAGAUAAGUUUGACGUCCACAACCCAGAAAAUUUGACCCAAGGUGGAGGAGUGAUUUUGGACACAAGAAAUGGUUUGGUCCAUCUAACAGUCAAUGAAGCAGCAGGUACAUCCCUAGAUCAACUCAACACAACCAGCAAGGAUCUACAACAAACAGUAUCCCUGUACACCCAGGAACAGCUGGCGGCAGCUCUGAGCAAUGCACAACUACUUGAGAUAGCAAAUGAAUCAAAUCAGGAACUCGGAGAUAUAGGUGUCAGCACAGUUUCUUCACAAAAUGUUCUGACCUUGACCUCAUCACAGGGCAUUUUCACAACAGCGCGAACCAAUUUAAGUUCAUCUGAACAUGGCUACCAGAUUGUUACAGAAAAGCAAAAGAAGAAGGGAGGAUGGCCAAAAGGCAAGAAGAGAAAGCCAGGCUUGAGAGAGAAUAAUGGUCCAAAGGCACCAAUGACUGGGUAUACAUUGUAUGCAGUAAAUCGACGCAAAGUCAUAAAAACGCUCAAUCCAGAGAUGAAGUUCACGGAACUGACAAAGAUCAUUGGUCAAGAGUGGACGGCAAUGGCUGCUGAUGACAAACAAAAAUACCUUGAUGAGGCAGAAAAAGAUAAAAAACGUUACAUAGAAGAAUUAGAAGUUUACAAACAUUCAGACUCCUACCAAACUUAUUUAAAGAGGAAAAAGCUGAAAGAACUUUGUCAAGAUAUGGACACAAGUGCAAUACAAGAUGCUGACCUAGAUCCCCUGUCAGACUCGGAUAAUGAUGAACUUUAUUGUAAAAUUUGCAAUCAAUACUUUGUAUCGAACCACAACAAAAGGGAACAUUGUCUAGGAAAGGUGCAUCUACAAAACCUGACAGGGGAGUAUGAGAGAGAAAUGCGUGAGAAGAAAAAUGCUGGGUUGAUUAAUGGCAAUGGGCUCACAGAUGAGGCCUCCAACACAGCUGAUAAUGUACAUCUCAUGGGCCCUCUGAAUUGCUCCCCAUCAUCUAAUGAGAUAGAUGUAAAUGGAUUUAUGAUGGGAUUUAUGCAGAAAAAUAUAGAAAGAGAAAAAGAAAUCAAACAGCUGAAAGAGACACUUGAGGAAUCUAAGGCAAAGUUUACAGGGUACACUGAAACAUCCAAAGACCUCAAGGAGCUGGAAUCGAGACUUGAAUCUGAUUUAGAGAACUUCCAAGCAUACGGAGCCGCUCUUCAAGCUCAGAUUGACUCUUUAAAAAUGGUGCCGACUUUAUUUGGAGUCAUAAACUUUGCUCAUACAAAUGAGAAACCUGGUCCUGGACAUACAGAUAGUGAUCAUAAUGUACUGUGGUAGCACAUGUAAACAUGUGGAGUUCCUAGUUGUGUUAUGGUUGGCUAAGUCUCCAUGCUGUACAGGGAACAAACAAAUCAACCAGGUUCCAAUUCAGUUCUGAAAUGUUCCUAGGAACAUAAUAAAGUGCCGACUUUCCUUUGAUACCUGCUAUAGGGAAUGGUUUGCAAGUACGCAAUUUUGGUAGAUAUUGGACUGCAGGAUUAAGCCCUGCAUAUGUUGAAGUUCCCAAAAUAUUUAAAGUGUUCCUGAUAAACUGAUGCAUGUAUUACACUGUAAGUGAUACCUUGGUCUAUUGGUCUCUAUUGAAUAUGCUUUUUUCUUUUUUUACCUUCAGCUGAUCCAAGACUGAAAAAUAUGUAUUCAAAAAUGAAUUUCUGACUUACUAUGAAAUUAUUUAAAAGUCAUUACCCUAAGUCUGGAGUGGGCUAAAGGCUAAUUUUUUCAAAAUUUUACAUUCACCAUGUUAAUGAUAUACAAUGAAUGAAAUGCAAUAAUUGGUUUAUUUUUGCCAAAAGUGUAUCGAAUCAGUAUUGAUUAAAUAACAUGAAUUAAGGUCACCAGAUAGCUACUGUUGGAAUAAAGGUUUUUUCUCCUCUGGACAUUGCUCCUUUUUAAGCCUUUCCUGUGUUGAUCAGGAAUGCUGUGAAGUGACUGACGGUGUCAAAAUUACCAUUUCUAUUAUACAAAACAUUCUAGUGAUAGAAAACCAGUAAAACUCUUGAUGUUCUCCACCCUAAAAAACUGUUAUGUCUUUGAGACGUCAUGUGCCAUGUUCCAAAAUGAGCAUUUCGAUAGUUUGUUAUAAAAUCAGAUUAUCGUGAUUAAGUAUUAUACAUUAGUGGCAAUGAUGUAAACAUGUUGUUAAUUAUGAUUGAGAAA